AUGCAAAUUGUUUUGAUGGAUCUAUCAACAAUUCAAAAGGCAAGGAUAUCAAGCACUCUCAGGACAACAUGCAAGCUUAUGGAGAGGCUCUUUCAGAUGUAUAGAUGCAGAAAGAUAAGCAAAGAAGAAUAUAUGGAGAAGCUGGAAAAGCUCAAAGAAGUAGUAGGGUCGAACAUCGAUGAAAUGAAAAGAAAUACAAGAAUAAUGGCAUCUAGAAAUGAACCUACAAAUACUCUCAACGUAUUUAUUAUGGAACAUUUUGAGCACAUCGGAUGCUUCGGUACUGCCUCAGCCCUGGCUAGUAAAUUUUCGAUCGAAGCUUAUUCUGACGCUGAUUUCUACAAGCGUGUUUAUGGGAUCAAAAAUCAGAUAGAAAACGGGCUAUUUGAAGAGGCCUUAUCGUUUUGCAGAGAGUACAGAGUGGAACUUAAAAGUAUGAAAUGCGAAGAAGCAGCUUCACUAGAAAACGACCUGAAGGUUGAAAAAUUCAUAGAAAUGUGCCAUGGACAAGAGUUUGAUAAGGCAUUAGAGUUUAUCAACAAAGAGUUCAAGAGAGUUCCAGAGCAGAUAAAAUCAUACCUACCAGUUCUUGUAUCGAAUUCUAACUUCAGAAAGUAUCCCUUUUCAAGACACACUAAGACAGCAGAGCAAUUUCUAGUAUGUGCACUGAAGUUGUUUAGGAGAGGGCUUAAAUCAAGGCUCAUGCAACGAAUAGAAUACGGAAUGAUGGCAUAUAAGACGUACAGAUGUAUUAACACAGAGAAUAAUAAAUGUCCAACAUGCUGCAAAGCAUUUAGAUUAAGAGAGGAUGUUCCGUUUAACAAGCAUGAGAUAAGUAUUUUGCUCUGUAAAGGAAACUCAGAAGAAAUGGAUGACACCAACCAGCCAUAUGUUUUUGAAGAUGGAUUUAUCUAUGGAGCCAAAUACAUUGAAUUGUCAGAGCACAUUUGUGCUAGUUCGAAAUCCAUAGAUAAUGCUUUGAGAUACCCAAGGCUUUGCUUUAUCCUAUAG